AUGAAUCAGUCAAAUGUUAGAUUUCUUGAUCUACCUAACGAAAUAUUAAUUAUGAUUUUAAAGAAACUUGAUAAUAUAAAUGUUCUCUAUUCAUUAUUGGAUGUUGAUAAUCAACGACUUGAUAUGAUAGUGCAAGGAAAAACGUUUACUGAGACUCUCAAUUUUGUAUCAACAACGUCACUUGAUGAUAUUGUGUCGAUUGCAGAUUCAAUGCUCGAUCGAUUCUGCAUUAAUAUUUUGCCAAGAAUUGGUCACAAUAUUAAAUCUCUUAUUCUUGAAUCAGAAUCUAUAGAACGUAUUCUUCUCACUGCCGAUUAUCCUAAUCUAACUGAACUUAAAUUGCUCAAUUUCAAGGAUCAAAUCGCUUCAUGUUAUUUUACAGAUCAAUCACCAUUUCGACGUAUUUUUCAACAACAAAUUACAGAUCUUAUUCUUGUAUACAAAAGCGAUAUUAACAUUUUAUUAGAGAGGCAAUAUCAAAAUGGUGUGCACGAAUAUAUUUUAAAAUUCUUCGAAAAUUUAAAACAUUUGUCUAUUACUGGAUCAGCAUCAAUUUUAACACUUCAUAAUUCAUCUUUGACUGCCUGUUCCUCUUCAAUUCUUUACAAGUUAUGUGUUUUUGUGAAUAAUUUUGAAGAAUGUCUUGCUCUACUUGAUGGUCGCCUCAAACAGUUAACGACGUUUAUUGUUAUUAUUAAUUAUCCAGCUAAUGACUCAACAGUUGUUUACAAUAUGGAUGAUCUACCUAACUUGAAAUGUUUCUCAUUAACGUGUUUUUGCUUAAAUAAUGAAUAUGAUACUCAAAUUUUACCUUUCUUUCGUCGUAUGUCAAAUCUUGAAGAAUUAACUUUGGAUAUUAUGAACGCGGAUCGAAAUACAUUUGUCGAUGGUACUCAAAUAAAUAAUAAAAUUCUUGUUCAUAUGCCGCGACUUAAUAAAUUUACAUUUCAUAUUUGUACCAAAACUGAACUUCAUCAUUUAGUUCAUUAUUUAUCGAGCGAUGAUAUUCAACGAACUUUUACUAAUAUAGGAUAUCAGCACGUCGACUGUAUUCUAUACUACACCGCAGGCCGUGCUAUAUGUCAUGUUUUUUCGCUACCGUUCGUGUUUGAUCAUCUUGAAUAUAUUGGCAAUACAUUUUCACCUAUUGUUUUUAUUCAUGUUAUAAGCUUGACGGUGCAUGAUAGAGCUCCUUUCAAACAUGAAUUUUUCGUUCGAAUUGCUCGUUUUUUUCCUUUGCUUAAAAAAUUACAUAUUUUUAAUUUUAAAUCACAAACAGAGAUAUCGGACAAACUGAACUCUCUUGAUCAUGAAUUGUGUUCAAUUGUUGAAUAUCCUUAUCUUAUUUCGCUUUCUCUGUUUAUGUCUCAUAUUGAUUAUGUCGAGCAGUUUCUGAACGAAACAAAAACACUCCUACCUCGUCUAACUCAAUUAAAAGUCGAUUAUGAUAAAUUAACAAUUGUAACGGAAAACUUCACAAGAGAUAUAACGCGGCUGAAUUGUGCUAAAGUGAAAAAAAUAAUUAUUCCAGAAACAUUAGUUCAUUCCAAGGACUUCUAUGUUUAUUUUCCUCUGUUGUAA